CCACGUAAUUUUCUCCUCCCUUUUCUUCUUCGUCUCUCUCCGUGUCCCUCCCCCUUCUUCUGAACAUUUCGCCGACCAGUCCCUUCUUUGUCGAUACAUACACACACUUCACUAUUCAUAUAUAAACAAAAACACUUCACAUAUUCACAUACUUCUCUUCCGUUGAUCUCUCUCUCUCUCUCUGGAUCCUUAUCCAACACCGUCACACUCUGUUGUGGAUAGAUGCCAGUUGCAAAACUCCGCAUAGGUGGUACUUCAGAUGCAAUGAAAGCAGAUGAGGUGAACGAUUCACUUGAUACUUUCAUUAGACAAGCUAUGGGAAAGGAACCUCUGCUUUCUUUCCCAAGAACGGGGGAAGGUCCUGUUCAAUGGAUUCAAUGGCUUAAUUCUUUAGAUCAGCCAGAUAUUACUGGAUGGCCUUUUUUGACACCUUCAAGAGUUCAGAUGCAGAAGUGUGAGAAAUGUUCGAGGGAAUUUUUUUCACCUAUUAAUCACAGAAGACAUAUACUUGUGCACCGCAGAUCCUUAAAUCUUGAUAAG